AUGGGUUCUAGAAGAUACGAUUCAAGAACUACUAUUUUCUCCCCUGAAGGAAGACUUUACCAAGUAGAAUAUGCUUUAGAGUCAAUAUCUCAUGCCGGUACCGCUAUUGGUAUCAUGGCUUCUGAUGGUAUUGUUCUUGCUGCUGAACGUAAAGUCACAAGUACAUUGUUGGAACAAGACACUUCGACAGAAAAGAUAUAUAGGUUAAAUGACAAGAUCACUGUGGCAGUAGCAGGUUUAACUGCAGAUGCUGAAAUUUUAAUAAAUACAGCAAGGGUACAUGCUCAAGAAUACUUGAAAACCUAUAAUGAAGAAAUUCCAGUUGAAAUUUUGGUUAGAAGAUUAAGUGAUAUAAAACAAGGUUACACCCAACAUGGUGGUCUGAGACCAUUUGGUGUUUCAUUUAUCUAUGCUGGUUAUGAUGAUAGAUAUGGUUAUCAAUUGUAUACUUCUAAUCCAUCUGGUAAUUAUACCGGUUGGAAAGCCAUCAGCGUGGGUGCAAACACUUCUGCUGCACAAACACUAUUACAAAUGGAUUAUAAAGAUGACAUCAAAGUAGAUGAAGCUAUAGAAUUGGCUUUGAAAACUUUAUCCAAAACCACAGAUAGCAGUGCAUUGACUUACGAUAGAGUAGAAUUCGCAACUAUUAAAAAAGGUGAAAACGAUAAAAUAUAUCAAAAAAUAUUUAAACCUGAAGAAAUCAAACAAUUACUUUUGAAGACUGGCAUUACUAAAAAAGAAGGCGAAGAAGAUGAUGACGACGAUAUUGAAAUGAAAUGA